AUGCCUUUAUUUCCACUUUUUCUUCUAUUUUCAAAUAUUAAACUGGCAACUUGUAACGAGUGUUAUAGCCUCGACGGCACUGGCUGUGUGUUUAAUAUCAAUUCCACAUGUUCUGGUGAGUUUUAUAUUAAUGACUCGAACUGUAUAGCUUCUCGUGCUUUCUACAACAACAAGAAGAUCACAAGUAUCAUCUUUAAUGUGACUAAAAGGGUGAUUGUUGGGAAUGAAGCUUUCAGAUCGUCACUCUUGUCGAGUUUUGUAGCGUCCAAUGGCAUCAAGCAGUUGGGUACCAAUUCAUUUUUUGGGACUAAAAUCACAACAAUUGACUUAGAUGGUGUCGAGGAUAUUCCACUUAGUGCUUUUGCGAAUUGUAAGCAACUUCAGAGUGUAUUGAAUACACCAAAUUUAAAGACAAUUGGCGAGAAUGGGUUUUAUGGUACCAACUUACUCUCCCACAUCACUUUUGGUAAUCAGUUGACUCAAAUUGGCAACUACGCCUUUCAAAGUAGUGGUCUUGUGAACGUCAGUUUUGACGGGAAUGUGAAUGGGACACUAAUUGGCAACUACGCGUUUUAUAACUGCCUCAAUUUACUCACUGUGGAUAUCACGAAUGUCACUUCUAUUGGGGAAUACGCCUUUUACGACUCUUCCAAUUUGGAGAGUCUUAUUAACACUGAGAGUCUCAAAACAGUGCAGACUUCUGCGUUUAGUGGGUGCGACAAAUUGAAGGAAAUCCAUUUGGGUCAAAUGGUGUCACUUGGGGAGAGUGCCUUUGGCGAAACCCUCACUUUCAUCUUCUAUCACGGCGACGAGGACGUGCGGGCGUGGGUGUCAAACAGUGUGAGUGCCGGAACGACCAUUUUUGUGCCUCGGAGUUACAACGACACUAAAUUUGCUGAGCGAAGUGUAGUGAAAGUGCUUUGCCACUCUCACGAGUAUAUAGACACCACAAUACAAUACACUACAAAUGUUGAUGAAAGUCAGUGUAAAGAGUGUCCAGAAGGGACUGGCACGUUGGAUGGAGUGAAUGAUAAUUGUGACUUAGACACUUCUUACUGUCAGAGAGUCAACCCUAAUUGUAAAUAUUGUGACGGACAAAUUUGUGCGCAAUGUACAGACAACUCCCAUAUCACAGAAGACACUCACAAGUGUUAUAACAUCAGUCCUGAUGGGUAUUACCUUGAUGGUGAUAUAUACAAACACUGUGAUGCGCAUUGUGACACUUGUGAAAGUAAAGGCUCGUGUACAAAGUGCUCACCAAAUUACAUCUACAUCGAAGACACUUCAAAGUGUGACAGUGAGUGUCCCAAAGGGAGUUUUGUUCUUGGCAAUGUGUGCAAAAAGUGUAUGUCUAAAUGCACUGAGUGUGUGUCUCAAGACGAGUGCAGGACAUGUGUUGAUGGGUAUUACUUUAAUGGUAUCAAGUGCGCUGCGUGCAAAAGUCAUUGUGACGAGUGUUAUGACUAUGAUGUCUGUGCCUUGUGUGAAGACUCCUAUUACUACCAAGAAGACACCGAAGACUGUGUUAAGUACUGCCCUUCAAAUUAUUUUAUCGACAAUUUGGUCUGUCGGAAGUGCAAUAAACACUGUAAAACAUGUGAGAACUUUUAUUCAUGUGAAGUCUGUGAAGACGGAUUCUUCCCAAAAGAAGACGACGGCGAGUGUGUUAACCCAUGUCCAGAAAAGUACUUCCUGCAAGACAAAAAGUGCUUGAAAUGUCAAGAAAAGUACCUUUUGCCUUGCACUGACAACGAAUGCAAAGUGUGUGUGGGAACAAAGAAUGGUGCACUGAAAGUUUCUAUUGUGUUGACUUUAAUGGUGUCCGUCUUUGUAUUGUGA